GCCGCGGCGCCUAUUUCCAACCCUGUCGCACGGGGCGGCUAGAAGGAUCGGCCGAGGACCGCAGACGGGAUGUUGCGGACAGCACUGAGUCGCGUGCCUACACUACUGCGUAGUGUGCGGACCCGGAAUCCCGGGCCGGGGCGACUUUGGGAUGCGGGGACUCGCCUGACGACUGCGGAGAGACGGUGGGGCUGGCGGAGUUCGAGCUCCGCGCCAGAACCCGAGCCUGUGGCCGCGCUAGGGCGCGUCGAGCCGAGCCACUACCAGCUCGACUACACCUGCAAGGUCUGUGGGACUCGGUCAUCACAGCGCAUCUCAAAGUCAGCCUAUCACAAAACUGUCGUCAUCGUUAAGUGCCCUGGUUGCCAGAACAACCACGUCAUCGCCGACAACCUAGGCUGGUUCUCUGACUUGCAGGGGAAGAGGAACAUUGAAGAAAUCCUAGCAGCCCGAGGAGAGGAGGUUCGCCGCGUGCCUGAAGGAUGCCCUGGUACUGAUCCAGAGGCUGCUGAACCACCUGCCACCCUCCCUGGCAAGACUGAACAGAGCUGACUAUGGGGGCCAGCCUUAAUAAGCUAAAUACAGACAGAUCACCCAAAGGAAGCUAUUUGCCAGAGUAGAACUUGGCCAUUGAUAAUUUAAUAAGAGGCCAGAAUCUCAGUAGUUUACCCUGAGUCAAUGCCUGGCUGUAGGAGGAACCCCAAGCUGAGAUUACCCUAGGGCAAUGCUAGCUCUUAGAUGCCCUCCUGUUCCCAUUUCACCUUGGGACCUGUUCCUUGCCUUUGCGGGAGACAAGCAUUAACAGCUAGAUAUACACUUGUUCUGUGCUUACCUUAGAAAUGACUAAUUUGGUUUAUUUAUUAGCUUUACAGAGUAUGGAGUUCUAGUCUUGUAAAAGCUGCUAACUUAUUAUAGAUUGUUAAAAAACCAAGUUAGUCAUCUUUAAAGUGCUGAUAUGGUAGGUUACAGGAAUGGACCUCAUUUAGUUCCCUGCAUAUGUUUUCAAGGUCAAACUUAAAGCAGGUAAUAAAAAGCACGAUUUGUCUAAUCAACGUGCUUAGGCAGCCCUCAUAUUUCAGAGAUCUGCAGAAUAUGGCAUUUAAAAUAAUGAUUAAAAAACUUACUGCAGGGGCUGGAGAGAUGGCUCUUCCAGAGGGCCCAAGUUCAAUUCCCAGCAACCACAUGGUAGUUUACAACCAUCUAUAGUGGGAUCUGAUGCCCUCUUCUGGCAUAAAGGAGUACUUGCGAUAGAGCACUCAUAUACAUAAAAUAAAUAGAUAUUUAAAGAGAGAGAAGGUGGGGCAGUGGUGGCACAUGCCUUUAGUCAAAUAAAAAAACAAACAAACAAACAAAGCUUAUUGUAUUAGACAGUGACUCCGAGAUCCUAACAGUAACCCAAGGUCUCCAAAGAAGAUUAUGAAUGAGAUGCCUGAGGUCUCCACCUGGAUAACGACGAUGCUGACCACUGGACGAGAUGACCCCCGGUGCAACACCGGCUGCCAGGGACAAGCAGAACCCAAGAUUGGGUCCUGUCUAGCUGCUUGUGAAGGGGGAAAUGUGGGGGCCAGCCUUAAUAAGCUAAAUAUGGACAGGUCACCCAAAGGAAGCUAUUUGCCAGAGUAGAACUUGGCCAUUGAUAAUUUAAUAAGAGGUCGGAGUCUCAGUAGUUUACCCUGAGUCAAUGCCUGGCUGUAUGAGGAACCACAAGCUGAGAUUACCCGACCCCCACCCAAGAACAGACCAUUCAAAGGAAAUGCCUGGCAUUCCAACCGUUGUAGAUAGGUCCACCUGCCAAAGCACAUUCACCAGGACACCCUAGACAGAUGUCAGCCAAUCAGAGGUCCUGAACCUCAGAAACCCCCUCACCCCCACCUUAACUACUAUAAAAACCCAAUCCUAGGGCUGGAGAGAUGGCUCAGAGGUUAAGAGCACUGGCUGCUCUUCCAGAGGUCCUGAGUUCAAUUCCCAGCACCCACAUGGUGGCUCACAACCAUCUAUGAGAUCUGGUGCCCUCUUCUGGCCAGCAGGUGUACGUCCCCCCUCAGAGCCGAGAGACUCACUCAAGUCUCAGAAUAACACGACCGCCCAGGAACUCACGAGAGACCUUGCUGCAACCACAGGUUUAUUGACAGGACAGGGACCAGUGCACUGGGGCCAAAACUCAUUUCCCAUGCAGGGGUGGAGUUCGACCCCAGCAGUGGGAGAAGGAGUGUUUAAGGGAAGAAACCAUAACACAAUAAUCCAAAGGGGGUAGGGAGGGCGUCAUUGGAAAAUACCAGUGAUCAUUGAAAAAUGCCAGUGAUAAUCACAAGGGGGCAACUCCCUGUUUCUCAAGAUUAUUCUCAAGAUUAUAAUCUAACUUUAUCUUCAGCUAGUUCCUGAAAUAGUCACUAGAUUUUUGAUUCCUCUCUCCCUGCUUAGAUUUUUGGCUCUAUUUUUUCUGCUAGAGGGGUCUGGAUUUAUCUGGGUCUUUCAGCAGAACAUUGUAUACAUUUAAAAAAAAACCAAAAACCCAAUUCUAAUUGAGCUCAAGGGUCUCCGGAUAUUCCAGUAUGUUGGACUUGCAGAGAGACCAAGUUUGCAAACUUGAUUAAAAUAAAGGCUCUUUGCUUUU